AUGGCGACACUGGAGAGGGUCAACUUAGAGAAAAGGGGUUUGUCUUCAGCAGUGGAGAAGGUGAGGAUCUUCAAUAAGGGUAAGCCUGCAGAAGACAAAGUAGGAGAAGCAGUCGUUAAGCUUCGGACACCGGUGUGGUGCCGGCCGAAGGCUCUUCGAUGCCUAAGUCAGCUAAGAGUAGUAACUUUAGCAGAGGAAGUGAAAGUGGGAGGUUUGUGUAGAUUUCUGAUGUGGGACUUUAUGCAAGUCGCCGUGGUGGUAACACGUGUCAUGGAGAUUAGGUUUGGUAGUUUGAGAGCUUCGGAAGGUGUCUGGCACUUUGGAAGAGUGUCUUCCUUCGACAUGGGAGAAAGCGUGUUUGCCUUGGUGCUAGUCGUUUUGAGGCUGGAUAUGCUCGGUUGA